UAACCAUUGAAUAUAUCUCUGCUUCUUCUUUGACUAAAAGAAAUCAACUAAUUAGUUGUUCGUGUCUAGACGCACUUGUAAAUACACUACACACUGUACAUACAUACACUGUUCUACUGAAGCCAUCUUGGUACUCUCUUCACGAACCUUCCUGGCACUAUUCCCAAAACUCGCCCUGCCAACACUUUCACACUUCCACAUUUCUUCUUUUCUCCAUCUUCAUCUCCUUCUUCCUCUCCUCCUUCUCCAUUCUUUCUCGUAUUCUUCUUUCCUCCCGGGUCUGUUCUUCCAUUACCCUCCCUCCUGUCCUCGAUCUCGAAUCCAAACCCUCGCCCUCGUCCUCGUCCUCCACCUCCUGGCGCAUAACCACACCUAUACCUGUAUACACAUGCGCUCCUCGCCGCCAUGCUGCAACCCUGGGGCGCAACCAUCUCGGGACUCUGCGUGUUGCUUCCCUUAAUAAACACCUGCAGGGCUGCCCCGCAAUCUGGCCCAGGAACAACCUCCAGCACAUCCAAUCCAGUGUCAUUACCCAUACAACAUCCGCAGGCCCAGUCCCAAUCGCAAUCGCAAUCGCAAUCGCAAUCGCAGUAUCCCAUACCUGUCGACCCCAGCAGUAAUACCAUCCGAGGCCAUCGUCGCCUGCAGGGACGGUUUCUACACAUCACAGAUUUCCACCCAGACCCUUUUUUCAAAACCUACUCUAGCACCGAAGAAAACGCCGCUUGCCACCGAAAACAUGGCCCCGCGGGCUUCUACGGCGCCGAGACCUCAGCCUGCGACUCGCCCUAUUCCCUGGUCAACGCGACCUUCCAAUGGAUAAAUGACCACGUCAAGGACGAGAUCGACUUCAUCAUCUGGACGGGCGAUUCGGCGCGACACGACAACGAUGAGAAGCUCCCGCGAAACCAGAAGCAGGUCAUUGAGCAGAACCAAUACAUCGUCGACAAGUUCGGCGAGGUGUUUGGUUCGGGCAACAACGGCGGCAAAGGCGACAACAUUAACAACGAAUUCAUCAUUCCCAUCGUACCCACAUUCGGCAACAAUGACAUCAUGCCUCACAACAUCUUCCUCGCCGGCCCGAACAAAUGGACCUCGAAGUACCUAGACAUCUGGCGCGGCUUCAUCCCGGAGGAGCAGAGGCAUCAGUUCCAGCAGGGAGGAUGGUUCUACGUCGAGGUCAUCCCGCAGAAGCUAGCGGUCUUUAGCCUCAACACCAUGUACUUCUUCGCCUCCAACUCGGGCGUGGACGGAUGCGCCAGCAAGAAGGAGCCCGGCUACGAGCACAUGGAGUGGCUGCGGAUCCAGCUGCAGAUCCUCCGCGACCGCGGCAUGAAGGCCAUGUUUAUUGGUCACGUGCCGCCUGCGAGGGUCGACAGCAAGUCGAGCUGGGACGAGACGUGUUGGCAGAAGUUUGCGCUGUGGGAGCAGCAGUACCGCGACGUGAUUGUCGGGUCGUUCUUUGGGCACAUGAAUAUCGAUCAUUUCAUGUUGCAGGAUUUCAAGGACAUCAAGAAGGGGACUAAGGAGGGACAGAUGAGUCCGGCUUCUGUGGAUGCUAUGGAAUUGCACGAGGAUUGGCUUGAUGAUGGGGAGGUCACUGUUGCGUCUGCAUCGGAUUAUAUCCAGGAUCUGGGCAAUGUGUGGUCGAAGCUGCCCAAGCCGCCGUCCAAGAAGAACAAGAAGUCGCAGUCGACAGUAGAAUAUGUUGAUUCCGACGAAGAGGAGGAGGCGUUGUUCACCUGGGACUGGCUGGUGUCCACGUUCUCCGGGUCCAAGAAGGGCAAAAAGGGCGGCAAGGGAAAGAAGAAGAUGACCAAGAAGAGGUAUCUCAAGAAGAUCGGAGGUCCAUUUGCAGAGCGCUACAGCGUGUCUCUUGUUUCUCCCAGCGUCGUGCCAAACUAUUUCCCGACGCUCCGUAUCUACAGCUACAACAUCACUGGUCUCGAUGAGUCUGUAGCAUCGGGAUACGCAGGAGUCUCUCAAGUGUCUUCUAUAGACGAGGACUUCACCGACGAGGACUACGAAGCGUACGAAACCGCCAUCUCCGAAGCUGUGGCCGCCAACAAGAAAGGCAGCAACCACCAAGCCCAACUCCUCAAGAAGCGCAAGAAAUACAAAUUCAAAAUCCCAGACCCGCCCUCUAAAUCCUCGCCCCCAGGCCCCGCAUACUCGCCACAGACCCUCUCCCUCCUAAGCUACACGCAAUACUUUGCCAACCUCACCCACAUCAACAACGACUUCACCUCCUCAUCCCCCAAAACCCACCUCUCCGCACACCCCAACGACCACUCCAACACCACCACGGUCUUCGGCCUGGACGUGUGCCCAGACGACGGCUCCAUCGCGCCCCAGCGCUGGAAGGAAGGCAAGCACCACCACCACCAGGGCAAGAAACCCCGCCCGAAGCCCAACCCCAUCGACUUCCGCUUCGAGGUCGAGUACGACACCAGGACCGACAAGCGGUGGCGCAUGAAGGACCUCACGGUCCGCAGCUGGGUCGACCUGGCGCGCAGGAUCGGGACGGACAAGACGGGUUCUUCGUCUACUUUCUCUCCGGCUGAGUAUCAUCUCGACGAUGAUGACGAUCUCGCAGAAGAUACCGAGGAUGAUGAGAUAUCCGUAGAAGGCAAGAAGAAGAAGGGGAAGAAGCAUAAGCACAAACACGACAAGAACGGCGCGUGGUACACGUUCGUGCAGCGCGCCUUCGUCUCUUCGAUGGACGCGGACGAUAUUACGAAUUUCUUCGGCGCCGCUGCACCACCGCCAGCGUCACAUAUCGACAACGGCGUGGGAAACGAGGGAAUUGAGCUAUAGACGGCGGAGAAUCUGGAAGCGGUUUAGAAAUAGAUGCACGGGUGUAUUAAUACAGAGCAAGAAGGAAGAGAGAGACACAGGACGAGGAAACGACAUGAUGAUACCCCCCUAUCCCCUAACCAUACCAUUACUACCACCACUCACAUUUUCAAUGGGGAAUUGCAUACAUGUACACAAUAGGUACAUACACAACCUCCAGGGGAAAUUCUAUACCCACACACGGAGACACAUACACACUCGCACGCUGUAGACAAAGUCAGAGUCAGACAGAGACAGACGGACGUAUCAUUCAGAAAGAAGGAAAAGUCAUAGCAUGCAUCACUGUCACCCCUACACAAUCUGCGCGUUAUCCUAGAUUAUUAUCUCACGUUUAGCGAAACCAUCAACCAAUCAAUGACUAUUCCUGUU